CGGUCUAAAUAGUUUAGGAAUUGAUAGUUUAGAAAAAAAACAAAUCUUUGUUACUCUUAAUCAUCAAAUCUAUCAAGAAAAAAAUAAUUUUGGUCUAUCUACCAAAGAAAAAGAAAAUAUUUUAAGUUUUAUUCAUAACACUCUCAAUUUAACUCCGGAACAAAGACAAGCCUUAGAGAAAAUGGGCAUUAAACCUUAUAAUGCGACCGAUAGUUUAAAAACUUUUACUUUAACGGAGGAACAAAAAAAUAUUCUGCACAGUUUAGCCCCUUUAACUAGAGAGGAAAAACACAGUAAGGAUAGUUUACAACUACUAAAUUCUUUAGCCUUAAAACCUAAGCACUUAACUUUCUUUACUAAUGAAGAAAUAAUCCCUAAUCCUAAUUUAGAUUUUGGGGAAAUAACCAGUCCUUAUUUACCUUUAAAAAUCAA